CUGGACCAACAGACCCGCGCAGUCUUCGUAGAGCUGAUUCUGUACAACCCUCACGCUAACCUGUUCUCCGUGGUUACUGUGGCGGUAGAGUUCACUACCACAGGGGCUGCCUACACGGGUGCAGAGGUGGUGACCUUGAGACUGGUCCAACAUGGAGCCAUCGUCCUUCUCCUCCUUCGAGGGACAUUGGCGCUGUUUCUUCUGUACUUCCUACUCAGAGAAGGUAAGAGUUUAUUGUCGCGGCCAGUUGAGUAUCUGAGCGGGUUCUGGAGCUGGGUGGAAGUUUGGAUCAUCACCAUCGGCUUCUCCACACUCGGCGUCUACUUUAAGGCACAGAGCAUCAUUGAUGAGGUGGCAGAGAAACGGCAAUCGGGCAGCACUCCUUUCGAACAGUACAAAAGUGCAGCCGGUUGGUUCCAAGUCUACACCUACCUACUCGGGUUUCUCAUCUGCUGCACUACGCUGAAGUUUAUCCACCUGCUGCGGUUCAACUCGCAUGUGCGAGCGCUCUCUGUGACGAUGAGGAAGUCAGCCAAGCCCGUUCUACAGUUCCUCUUCGUGGCCGGCAUCUUCAUGAUGGCGUACACUCAAGCGGGGAACCUCGUGUUCGGCGUGAAGCUCCAGGGUUACCAGAACAUCCAGACCAGCCUACAGAGUCUCUGCAUGAUGAUGUUGGGAAGCUUUGACUUUGAUGAACUGUCAGGGGCUAAGCAGGUUUUAGGUCCUCUCAUGUUCUUCUCGUACCAGGCUAUGAUGCAGUUUAUCCUACUGAGUAUGUUCAUGGCCAUCAUCAUGGAUGUGUACGCAGAAGAACAGCAGGAUCGUGCCGCAGAAAAUCUACGAUUUCUUCGCAUUUUGAAAGAAACUUCAGUGGAGAUUGCAGGUAAAAUGAAGCACGUGUCCAAGAACAGAACCAGAGAAAGCAAGCAGGAAGAAGGCAAUGUGAUAGAACCCGACAAUGCAAGCAGGUUUGAUGGCGUAGUAAGCGACUUUGGAAAAAUGUGGUAAAGAAUCAGAGUUUCUGUUAUACCCUAGGACAUUACCAGGAUUAACAGUGAUAUAACAAUAUACUAGUACAUAUGUCAAGCGAGUUCACGCUUUAUUAAGUGUUUAUACUAUAACACCUUUUACAUUACUAGUACCUUCUUGUGAUCUUAGAAUGUAUCAAGUUGAUAAACCAGGCUAAAUUGAGUAUUUGAAGUACAUCCCACCAACAUUGUAGGUCAUAUUUUACCACAGGCUCUAUCAAAUAUCAUCUAUGAU